AUGAUUAUUAACUUAAUAACGAAACAAGCAUUUUAAAUAAAAAGAGAUAAAAAUAUAGAAAUAGUAGUGAUACAUUUUAAUCUAACAAACCUCAAGCAGUUAGACCAUUAGAUAUUUAAUAUUUAUCUGAAACAGACGGUCAAUCUCUUUAAGAAAAGAGCGAACUAAUUUCACCUACUGCUACUAUUGUGUCACCUUAAUCAUAAACUACAUUUUAAAGCCAAAAACAAUUCAAUAGAAGGCAUAUAAAAUUUUUUUCAUAAACUAAUCAAGAAUUUAAGAAAUUUUUAAAAUAUGAAGAUUAAAACAAAGUAAUAGCUAAUAAAGAAAAUAUAAAUGAUGAUAAAACAAAAUAAUACAAAAUAAACAUAAUUAAAAAGUAAGAUACAUCUAUCCAAGUAAGUUAGUUAAGUUCAGAAUACAAUUUAAGUAAACAGGACAGUAAUUAAUCAAACUAAACUUACAAUACAAAUAUAAAUUCGAAUUCAACACUGA